UUGUUAACUCAAGAAUGUUUCCCACCCAUGGAUUACGUCCUAAAAGACGAUGGAAAAUACUAUCGUUUUGAAUCAAAAUCAGACACCAUCUUGGCUGGCAUGGACAUUUGCCAAUCCCAUGGAGCAAAUUUACCGCGAAUUAAAUCGGAGUUGGAGUACAAAGUCAUCCAAAGCUUAAUUGAGUCUGAUAUUUGGCUCGAUUUGUACAACAUUGAAUUACUCGAAUCCAAAGAAGAUGCCCAUAUCGCAAUGAAUGGAACCCUACGUUGGGGAGAUGGAACAACAUUUAUCAUACAAUCCUGGAUGAAAACCGAAAGGAUGAAUAUCAAUGGAGGGAAUCUUUGUUUUCGAAUCAAACCGAACGGAGGGAUGGGAGAUAAAGAGUGUGAAACAAAGUUGUCCAUUCUGUGUCAAUUUGAUUGCAGCCAAGUUGAUCCUUGUUCGAAUGGGAUUGAAAAACCUCCCAACGCCAUGAAACGCUUUGGAAAUUAUUAUUCUUUUACUGGUAAUGGCUUAUUCUCCUAUAGCCAUAGACGUUGCCUAUCGAAAGAAAUGCAUUUGGCAACUUUUCGAUCUGAGAGGGAAUAUUUGGCACUUUUACUUAUAAGACGUAAGUAUUACACAAUACAGAUCAAUAUGCUUAGUGGCCAUCAGGGACUUGAAGGUUUCAAGUUCUCCUGGCUCUGAUGGGGUGACAUCUCAGUUUCUUAUGAGAUGCUCACUGGUUC